GUUAUGAAACCUUCCCGGAAGGCUCCGCCGCAGCCGGGCUGGUUUCCACAAACACGCAGAAAGAGCGCAGCGCAGCGCAGCGCUCUGCUGCUGGUCUGCGCGUCGCUGCUCGCCGCUGACAGAAUGACCCAUCAGACCGAGCUGCCGAGCAGAGAGCGGGCUCUCAAGGGGAGGGAGGAGAGAAUGGUCGUAGCAGAGAAGCAUGCUGUUAAUGGGAAUCCCACUGUGGAGCCUUUUCCAGAAGGCAUGGAAACCAUCAUGUUUGGAAUGGGCUGUUUCUGGGGAGCUGAGAAGCUGUUCUGGCGGCUUCCAGGAGUCUUCUCCACCCAGGUGGGCUUCGCCGGGGGCUUCACACCCAACCCGACCUACAAUGAAGUCUGCACAGGUCUGACGGCCCACGCUGAGGUGGUGAGGGUGGUCUUCUCCCCUCAAGACAUCAGCCUGGAGGAACUCCUCAGACAGUUUUGGGAGAAUCACGAUCCUACACAAGGUAUGAAGCAGCACAAUGACAAGGGUACUCAGUAUCAUUCAGUCAUUUACACGUCCAGCCCAGCUCAACAGGAGGCUGCACUGAAGAGCAAGGAGGCCUUCCAGAAGGAACUGGAUAAGAAAGGCCACGGUCCGAUCACCACUGAGGUCCUGGAGGGACAGGAGUUUUUCUACGCGGAGGACUACCACCAGCAGUACCUGAGGAAGGUACCCAAAGGUUACUGCGGCCUUAAAGGGACCGGGGUCUCCUGUCCUAUUGGGGGCAGCAAGGAGGAGCUGUAAGGCAUCUGUGGAGGCAAUUAAAACUAUAUUGAUCCAAAAAAGGGAUUUUGUUGUUUCACAUCAGCAAAAAGCAAUAAAAUGAAGCAACAAAUAUGCUCAAAUGUAUGUAUCAUAAAAACAUUUCAAAUUUGUGAAACUAUUACAGUUUAAAGCAGUAGAGUGAAAAAUAAAACAAUGGAAUAAAGUAGAGAAACCUAAAUACUUAAGAAAAGUGGAGCUUUUAUAGAUUUAGUGACAGAUUUAACAUGUUUGUAGCAACAGAACCUAAAGAUGUGAAAUGCAACAGAGAGGUUGAAACCGAAAUAACAUUCAAUGCAUAUCUACUCUUUAUUAUAUUUUGUAUAUAAAGUCUGAAAAACCACAUGACAAACUGGAAAAUACUUAAAUCAUUCCAGUUAGAAGUGGGCGAUUUGGCAAGAACACACCAUGAACUUUUUCAAUUUGUUUUUUUACAUCAAAUUCAGAAUCACCAUUUCAUCACAAUUUCCUAACAUUGAAACGGCUCAGAAAGAAAAACAUAACAGGACAUUCAUGACGGAAAACAUCUUCAACCAGAUUGAUAUUAGUUUGCGCAAUUUUCCAACUUGUGAAAAAAAAAAAGACUUCUAAUCAAUAAAAGUGAACAAACACCCUGUUAUAAAAUGUCAGGUUUCUGUGAUGUAAAAAAUGACACCAUGGUGAGUCAUUUUAAAAAUUUUCCACCCAUUUGAUUUUUAUCCUGCACAACACCCAGGGUUUUCCGGUGUUAAUUCUCCCUGUGACUCGGCCUCCUGCUCAAAAAUAUACUUUAAUUUUAUAAAUAAACAACUGUAACAACACGCUCUCUUGCUACACGAAAGCUAAUUUGUGAAGAUAAUGAAAAACUGAUAUAUCAGAGUAAGAACAUAGAGCAGCAAUGCAUAGAGCAGAUGAUCGCUCCAUCCCUCUGCUGUGGUUUGAUCUGUGCCUCAACGAUCCAAGAUCUUCACCUCUAAUUCCAGUAUAUUAACAUUCAGCCACAGGUUGGCUGUCGCAUGUAAUCCUGAAAUGAUAGAAAUCCAUCAGCCACUUUAUUAGCUACACCCUCCCACUUUCAGGUUGGACUCCCUCUUACCUUUGGAAGAAGCUCAAUAAGUGGUGGCAUUGAUUUAGCAGGGCUCAGAAACAUUCCUCAGAGAUUGUGGACGUAUUCACUUGAUGACAUCACACACUAAUAUUCACCCAUGGGCUGAAUCUCCUGUUUCACUGCAUCCCAAAGGGGAUCUACCUGGUGGCUUUGUGGCAUAGAGCCAAAACCAACUUGAAAUGAUUUGACCUUUAUGACCUGAUUCAUUAUCUAGAUGGAAAUAGGCAUCAAAAGAUCGUGGUCAAAAAGGAAUGGACAGUAUAAGGACUCUAGCAGUUUCUCAUCAUUCUGAUGCUCGACUCCAGAAAUGCUUCAUCUGACCACAUUGAGUUUCUGUGAUGUGAUUGGUUGAGUCACUGCUAGUUUUUUGCAGGCGUACCUAAUAAAAUGGCCAAUGAGUGUACAUAAACAGUGUUGUUUAUAUAAUUUUAUGUUAUUCACAUGUACUGGAGCAUUAAUAAACCUGAAAUUACAUAUGUAGAAUUUCAGCUAAAGUGUGGAGAUGUGCUGCAAAAGUCACAUUUACAACAUGAAAAAUGCUCAUUUUUCUUUUACAAAAAUAAAAAAUAAACGUUCAAGAUGGAUGAGUAAACAAAAGUAAAACAGAAACCUGAUGUUAUUUUAGAGAAAAAGUCAAAAUGUUUGAACUGCAGUUACACUCAAUGUCCACACGGUGGUGGUAUUUCUUAAACAUGAUCGACUUUCACUUGCUUUUUUCAUAUUACAAAUCAUCAUCAAAUAAACUCACAAAACUUUUCUUAUGUAAACUUUCUAAACUAAAACAAAUGUGGUCAGUAAACAUACAAUAACUGUGAAACAUUUUAUAAUGUUUCGCAUUAUAAAGUAAUUAACAGAGAUUAAAUGCUUUAUAUCCAGUUUUCUAUUGUUAUUGUCAUUUUUAACAUUUCAUAACAAUUUUCAUUAAAGCUGUCUUGUAAGCUGUCUUUCAUAUCUCAUUUAAGAAACAAUAAAAUUAAUCUCUCAUA